GAAGCGGCCAGGCAGAGCAGGCGGCCAGGCCAGUCGGCACCCGAGUGCAGAGGCGGCAGGCAGACAGGCGGACGCAACAUCGGCCGGGCAGCACGAGAGUCGUGGACGCACGCCCACCGUCAAGCGCAAAGGACUCGAGACUUGCGUCCAAGUCGGCCAGACUCGAGUGCCACCCGCCCCAACCCUUUCGCAGCCAAGCGCUGCCGCACCGCUCGCCGCCGGCGCGCGGGCCGUCCGUCCGUCGGGGAAACAGACGGGGGACUUGUGUGCGCCGCCGCGCCCGAGAAGGAGACAGGACGACGACGACAACGACGACGACGACGUCGUCCCCGCUCCAGGGCGCUCCGUGGAUAAGGAACAGGUCGCAAGGCUCCUCGUGACCCCGCGCCGGCAGCUGCCGCCGACACUACCGCCAGUACACCGCUGCCGCCGACACCAGCAACAUGGCCCAGAUCGCCACGGACUUUGUCCACUUCUACCGGGACCUCAUGGACAACAAGAGUGAUCCCCGGGUCAACCAAUGGCCCAUGAUGUCGUCGCCGCUGCCGACCAUCGCCAUCUGCAUGACGUACGCCUACCUGGCCAAGGUGUGGGGCCCUCGCGUCAUGGAGAACAGGAAGCCGUUCAACCUCCGCAACAUCCUCAUCGGCUACAACGCCUUCCAGACUGUAUUUAGCACAUGGAUAUUUUAUGAAUAUUUAAUGAGUGGCUGGGCCGGUGAAUACAGCUUCCGCUGCCAACCUGUGGACUACUCCUACAGCCCCAUAGCCCUUAGAAUGGCUAACACUUGUUGGUGGUACUAUUUCUCAAAGUUCACUGAAUUCUUUGACACUCUGUUCUUUGUGCUGCGCAAAAAGAAUGAGCAUGUGUCAUAUCUUCAUGUGAUUCAUCAUGGUGUUAUGCCCUUCUCAGUUUGGAUGGGCCUCAAGUUUGCCCCAGGUGGCCAUAGUACCUUCUUUGCUCUUCUCAACACCUUUGUGCACAUUGUGAUGUACUUCUACUACAUGGUAGCAGCAUUGGGGCCUGAAUACCGUAGAUUCAUCUGGUGGAAGAAAUACCUUACCUCCAUGCAAAUGGUUCAAUUUGUGAUGAUAAUGACCCAUCAAUUCCAACUUUUGUUCACUGAAUGUGACUACCCUAAGAGCUUUAUGGUUUGGAUUGGUCUCCAUGGCAUCCUUUUCCUUUUCCUAUUCUCUGACUACUACAAAUCUAAUUAUCUGGCAAAGACUGGCAAGUUAAAGAAAUCCUCACAAAACGGUGGAGCCUGCAUGCCGGUUCUUGAUGACACCACUGAUGGUAAUGCCAACCGUGCCAAUGGGAAAGCUGUUCCUCAUAGUGAUUAUGAAAGUGCUUAUAUCAAACCAUAUUCGAGUUGCUACUCAAAUGGCACCAGUAAUGGAUAUGUAUCAUCAAACGGAGUCAGUAGAGAAACUCGCAAGACCCAAUAGGUUUGUUGUUUUGUUGACUGUUAACUUUCUAUUUGUAUUUAAAUUAGGGCUAUGUUAUAAAUUUGAACUCAAUUUCCGUAUUUGGAAGAGCAUCUAGUGAAUGUUUUACAGAAAGGAUCUAAGAAUACUUUUGUAUAUUUUUGAAAUAUUUUAAACCCAUCUUUGUUUUUUUGUGUGUGUUUUUUUUUUUUUUUUUUAAGUUGUUUCAUAAGCUUAUCAAUCUUUUUAAUCUUAUGAUUGAUUUCACAUCUUAUGCUCUUUCCAAUCAGAGUUUAACAUAUCUGUUUUAAUAAAAACAUAUCUAUUUGCAUUGUUUUCAUGAGAGACUUUUUUUUAUAUAUAUAUUUAGAUGCUCUCUGACUAGACAAUUUGUAAAACUUUACUCCAUUCUUAAUUUGAUCAAUAUUGAAAUUCUAAUUUUUACGUUGCCUUUUUAAGAAACAAUAAAAUUAAAAAAUAGUGGUUUUUAUGAGGAGCAUUGUGGGAACCUCUGAAAAUAUCCAUAGAUGUGCAUCUACCGUUACUUCAAGUGGCUGUAGUAGGAGAGUUUUGAUGUAAUAUUCUGUCGAGACUUGCUUUUAUUUUUACCACGAACAUUUCAGCUAUCAUUGCCCACUAGAAGGGGAGUACUUGUAAGGUAUAUAAAUAGAAACAUUGUAGGAGGUAUUGGAAUUCAUCCCCCCUCCCCUUUGCCCCCCAAUUUCCCCUUCUAAAUCUUAAGCGCACUGUUUGAUAAACUCCCAUCCUUGUGACAAUCUUUCGUGAAUUAAUUAAGCAGUCUACUACAAGUCUCGGCAAAACAUAGCUAGAUUUACCAACAGAAUCUGCUUGCUAAGCAGACGGAAAUUAGGAAAUGCAAGUUAGUAUGGCUGUUCUCAGAUUCUUAAAUUAAACAUGGGACCACCAGGUGCUAAACUUAAACAAGUGGAAAGUAAAUUUUGUCACCUGUUCUGGAAAAAGGUUUCGACCAUUUCAAUUUUAGGAGCUUAGAUUUUGUGUUCAUUUAUUUCUUAAAGUAACUUUUGCCUGGAAAAUAGCGUAACUUUUGAAUCUAUAAAAUUUCAAUUUGUGCUGGAAUUCAACCUUAAUGAUUUCUAUUCUCAGGCCACUUUCACUUUUGUGUGCUCUUGAUUAUACUAGUUGUUAGCCCUUCUAUUUUUCAAACUGAGAUAGUUGCCGGUUUUUGCUCAAGUACAAGUUGUCAGAGCUUCAGCAAAUGAGUCUUACCUAUUUCCUCGACUAAAUGAAAAGUACCAGUAUUUAUUGAUUUGAUUAUGUGCUAGCUAAUGACUCCAUAAGCUUUAGCAUAUAUAUGUAAAUCUACAUGUUGUAUUUGUUGCUUGAUGGAUUAGUGUCAUGUAAACCUUUGCACCUAGAUCUCAAAAACAAUUUGGCAACCGCAUGCUAACAUGUUCAUUCAAAGGAUUAAAGAUUCAUAUGUUAAAAAUUACACGAUUGCACCAAAUACUGCUCUGGUUUUUUUUCCAAAUCUAAAUGGGACUAGACUACUGCAUACUGUUGCCAAGUUGCUAGCAAAGAUCUGUCUGCAGAGUGAAGUCUAAAUGAUAAAAGUUCAGUUAGGUCCUAAUUUUUAACUGUAAUUUUUGUUUCUCCUCUAUAUAAAAUAAGGGACAUAGUUACCUCCCACUCGUUUUAAUCCUGUGUUUGUUGUUUAUUCUCAGGUUUCCUUUGUAAUCAUUGUAAAUAUCUGUUAUUCAAAUUGCCUUGUUUUCAUGAAAUGUUCCUUAUUUAAAAUAAUUCCUUCAUUUCGAUUGGACCAUGGAAAUCUUGGUUAUUUUUUCUACCACUAUUGUGUCCAUACUUAAUUAAGCCUGCAUAUUGUUAUAUGCUGUUAUUUUUGUACAUAAGUUAGGUAAAACUAUUAAAAAAAAAUGGAAAGAUC